CGGACGUCAGAGCGUACACGUCAAAAGCAACAAUCAAGACGAAGACGGCCGGCAGACCCGCUGGCAUAGCAACCCCUGCAGGAAAUGUGUGCUCUGAAGUGUCCUCGCUCGUGGACGCGCUUCCCUCCUCCACGCGGAUGUUGAAGCAGAGCUGAUCCGAUAAAUGGCCGCCAUCAGCAAGUCCGACCAGAGGAGAUGAACCGCCAACAGGGGCCGUCGGUGCUCGCGUUAGCUGCGCUGCUGCUUUGCACGGCGCAGCACAGGACUCGUGGCAGCAGCUCAGCAUCAGCAUCAACAUCCCCAUCGGAGGUGGCAGGCAGGGAAGAUGCAGGGAUGCAGCGCAAGUGGCUUAAACACCAUAGCAACAGCAGUCAGGAAAGCAGGCCGAGGUACAGCGACGUUUCUGGCGUGUCACCGAUCAAGUGGAGCCCGUUCAGCAAGGCGUCAUCACCGCUGUGUGCCUAUCAAGUCACGGAGGGGGGUAUCGGGGGGCCGCUCUGCUUUCGACACAUGUUGGUCGGGUACAAGUGCCAUAAGGGAGACUGCAGGUCAGCCGUGUCUUCAGGGAGCUUGGUGGCGAAUAUUCUCCUCAAUGGCAGCGUGUUACUACAGUGGAGUCAAGAGGUCCAACGGUCACCAGACUGGACGAGAGCUUUUGGCACAAACUCGUCGAGUGUUUUCGGUGGCCGGCGACACAGACGCGGAGGUUACGAGUUGAGCUGCUGGUGGAACGGCAGCUACACUCAGUUCGAGUGCGCCGGGGUCAAUCUCGGUUCUGGAUGCGGGGACUUCAUGUUAAGCGAGCUGCACGAGAACAUUCCUUACCGCAUCUGCCUGCGCUCCCAGACAGCGGAGCACAAAGACUGCGUGGAGUUUAUCCUGCCGCCUUCUGGGAUGCAGGACAUCGUGAUCGCCAUGACGACAGUCGGAGGGGCCAUUUGCGUGAUGUUGGUCAUCAUCUGCUUACUGGUGGCAUAUAUUACAGAAAACAUCAUGAGCCCGGCAACGCAGCACACGUACUCUUACCGCACUCACUCGCGCCACUGAGACCUCACCUUGAACAUUUGCACAAUAAACACAUUAAGCGUCCACCACGACCUCAUCUGAUGCGAUCUUCUCUCAACCGUUGUCCAUGUAGCAUCAUCAUUGUGUGUGAAUUGAAGCACAAUGGCAUACCAAGAACAGAUAAACUUUUCAACCUCUCAAACAAGCGCUGAACCAAAUUUACUGGUACUGUACACUGCAACCUCCAAACUUGAAUACACUCCUCUUGAAUUCCAGUUCAUUACAAUUUUACAACUAUUUUCAUUAAUCAAUUUGAAUGUAAAUGCAGAAACAAUGAUUAAGGGCAGUGUUUCCCAAACUUUUUUGUGCCAAGGAUAUGUCUUACUUUAUGUCUGGGAUAGACUUAUCUUUUUUGCUUGGGUUCCAAGCGCUGAAGCAAUUUUGAUGUCUAACCAUGUUGUAACUUGUUGCGUAUAAAACCGUUUUUUUGUGCAUGCCACACUACUGGCAAGAAGCCCGUACCGUACUCGAAGAAGGACUGCCAAUAUAUUCCUGUAUCGUCUCACUAUUUGGCCUGUUCCCGUUUUCAAAAUAGCUCUCCAAACCUAUUUAUUAUAUAGUCAUUUUUGCUGGCAUUUUUCUUCCCAUAUCACAUGACUUGAGAUUCUUUCAGACUCUGGUUUAGAUCAUUUGUAUAUUAUUUAUUCAAUCUCUUUGCGCGCCGAAGUACAAGUCCAAGGCUCAGUAAUUGGGGACUGAAGUUUUUUGGUCUGUGUUUAGCUAUCUUUAUUGAGCCAAGGCACCAAUUUUAAAACAAUCCCACACAUUUCACAAAAUCAGUUGGCAAAAUACCAAACACAAUAUUCACAAAAACGUGCUCCAUUCAUCUUUAAGUUGCUGAGCAGCUACAACAGAUUUAUUCCGAAUUUCCGCAUUGCAUAUCUUGUUGACAUCGCAGAUCCUUUUUGUUGCAACAAAAAAUACAAAAGAAACAAAUAAAACACAAACUACAAUCGAGUUAUAAUCUUGUACACUUGUGGAAAAAUUUGGAGGCAUUUGGUCUUCAGAAUUUUAGUUGAAUUCCAUCUUGUCCAGAAGGACUCGAGACACAUUCAACUUCGGAGGUUUCAUAGCCAUUUACACUGAGUACACUGGAUCUACUCAACCGUGUUGCAUUGAAGAGUUUGUCACUAAUAGUUAACUCUGCGCCAGCAGAAAUAUACAGCAAUAUGAUUGAUGAAAUGCUUUUAGUGUGUACCAUUAGUUGAUGUUUGCUCAACAUGUACAACAAUUCAGUAGAUGUUCAGACAGCUUGUGUCCUUGCUGUAACAAAAGGGAUACUGGAGUGAAUUACAUGUGUCCAUAGACUUAUUUUGUGCUAUAAAGUCUGCAUAGAUAUUCAUGUUUUUACUAUGUAUUUAGAAAAGGGCAAUACAAUCUCUCAACACUGUACCAAACUGAAUUAACCACAUUACCUUGUCUCCUGCUGUCAGCCAAUAAAGUAU